CUCUACAAUUUACUUAAUUCUGAAAGACAGUUUACUCUUCUAAAAUCGUAUGUUUUUUUUAUAUUGAUUUACGAUAACAGUCUCGGCAAAAAUGCCUUUAACCAAAGCUAGCAAAUACAGUCGCUUCAAUGUCGCGGCUUACAUGAAGGAACGUCGUUUGGCUACGGAAACGUUGGCAAAACAAAAUAAAGAGCUGAUUGCCAAGAAACAGAAGUUGGCCCGGCUGGACCAAAAGGUAGGUUUGAUAGUUUAGUUGUUAUAUUAUUAUUGAAACCUUUAACUGGUUUUCACUUUUAAGUCUGUAGCGAUAGGUUUGAUCCAUAUAGUCGUGUUUACACCAUACAAGCCUUGGCCAGACCAAGGUAAAUGCGAGGCGUUUACAUGUACAAUGGCCUUUUUGAGAUUUUCAGUAAAUUUAAUUAAUUUUUUAUGUGUUGUCUGGUUGUUGGCCGCUAAGCUCUCACACAUUUCCAUGGAAAUGAGGCAAAUAUUAAAGCAUAUUUCAUUAAAGGCCCAUAUUUGCCAAAAGUGUUUUAUAUUGCCACAAAGCCAGUCCUAGCCACCGGUCGUAGUGAGACCAGAUUUCCCAGCCUAGGUCAGGCAAAAGCUAGCCCAAGGUGUUUUGGGGUUUUUAAUGCAAGUGUGUAUAUUACAAUUUAAGACCUGUUAACCAGGAAUGACUGCGAGAAAUAUGCAGCUGGUAGGAAUUAAGUCGAAUAGGUGAUUGGGUGUCCGGGUUGUGAUAAGGUACAGGUAGACUGCAAUGAUGUUUUUUGCACUUCACUUGGUGGAAUUAAUAUUAUAAUGCUGUUUUCGGGUUUGUAAUCCAAGUGAAUAUAGAUCUAACUAGGAACGGCUGCGAGGCUACUAGGCUAGCCCAAGGCUUGUAGUAUAAACACGACUUAUUUUAUACAUAUAUCCUUUACUCCCUUAUGAAUGAUCUUACUGUUAGAAUGAAUUUAAACUCAUUGUAGAUAGCCAAGGUAGUUGAUGAAAUAGAGGAUAGAGCAGAUAUUGCUAGGCAGAUCGAGAAUGAAGGUACAUGUAGCAUUUCGAAAGCCGGGUCAACUAAUAGAAGGAAGGUUGAAACUGACAGUUGCAGUGAGAGAACAAAGAGAAGGCGUAGUGCAGAAACCCUAGAGGUAGCAAGGAAUAUUCAUGGAGGAGGGGAAAGAAGUUUGAAGGCUAGUACAUCUGGUUUGCUCGAUACACUUAAUAGAUGCUCAGAAGAUGAUCUUGUUGGUGGUAUUGGUAAAUGCAAGAAGUUGAAGGAGAAGGUGUUUCCAAAAUUAUAUAAGAAGGCAGUUGAUGAGUUUGAACAUACCAGUGAAAAUAUGUUGCGGUCUAUAGCCGUUGUUCCCGCUUCUGGGGACUGAGAACUGGCGCGAGCCCUGAGAAACUGUGAGGGCCCCCCGGCAAAAGAAUUCAGUAUUCGCACAUUGUUGACUUUUGGACGAUUUUAGUAUUUUGGACAGUUUUACGUACAUUUUAUGGUUAUUUUGGGGAUUUGUUUCGAUUGAUAUUACAAUGUUUUGUUGAUUUUGAGUUCGUGUGAGUGUGUUUGGUCGCUCCGCGACAUUUGGUCCUAUUCGAGCCUGGAUUAAAGACUAGUAUUGAGAGAGUUUCAAGUGUACUUUGCGUGAGUUUUAAUGUACUAAAAUCGAGUUUAUUCAAGUGUAAAUCUACAUCGAGUUACAGUAUAUUGUGAAAGUUGUGUGAGUAUCGCCCGAGAGACAUCAAAUACGUCUAUUUGUGAGUACAUUUUAUAACAGUGUUAUUAUUUGAACAAAUUAUACGGUUUUAAGUCCUUGGAAAACAAUAAACUGUGCAGUUUAUGUGCAUACAAUCUAUUGAAUAUAUAUACAUCGAGCCGUUAAUUUAAUACAGUGGGUCGAAGAUCAAAUUCUAUUGUUGUUCCUAUGUACUAACUGAGUAAAAGUAAGGACGGUCAGAGUAUUAUUACGCAGUUAGAAUCCAUAACAAAUCAAGAUCAAUCAUUGUGGAUGGCAGAGAAACAGCCUAGUACAGAUGUAAACAAAGGAGAUGAAACUAAUAUGUCAGUUAGAUCUAAGACUAAGUCAAAACAAUCGGGUGUAUCCAGUAUUUCAACUGCCCGAAAAGCGGCAAUAUUAUCAAAGAAAUUCGAAGCUGAAAAGGCAGCUCUUCGUUUAAAGUUGUUGGAAGAGGAGAGUGUACAGUGUCAGGAAGAGGAAAAUGAGCUACAAAUAUUGCAACAGAAACAGCGUCUGCAAGAAAAAGAACAAAAGCGUCUACAGGCGGACCUUGAGAAAGCAAAGGUCCAAGCAGAACGUCGCAAAAAAUGGCGAGAAUUACAACAGCAAGCUAGAGAGUCUCAACUUGAGUAUGAACAUGCUGUGAACGAGGAAGAAUGUAUGCGGGAAGAAGAGAAUAGAUCAAUGAGACAAGGACUAGUCGAGUUACUCGGCAGCGAAACACUGGAAGAUCGUGUUAUGCGGCUAGGCCAGGAUGAAACAAGGAAUGACAAUCAGGAUAAUUUGUUGAGUGGGCCAGAGCAACCGUUAGAUAGGCAGAAUACCACACACACCAUUCCAGGGACAAAUGGGGAUAAUCAGGUACAUAGUGUUAGAGCAAGGGACAUACAGGGAACUAUAAAUGAGACGGUGUAUAACCCUGAACAGGCUAAUAGAUUUAGAGCUGAGAAUACUAUCCCAAACCUUUCACAGCCUAAAAUUCAAAAAGAGACAGCCCCAACUGAAAGCCUUUUAGAGAAAAUGCUACCUACCCUUAUCAAGAUGGAAAGACCUAAACUACCAUUAUUCGACGGCAAUCCGGUUGACUAUGCUAGGUUCAAAGCUUGUGUUAAAGUAGAGAUUGAACGGAAAGGGGUGUAUGACAAUGUUGAAAAGCUCAAAUUUCUUCUUGAUGCUGUGACCGGGUCGGCAAAAUCCUGCUUAAAGAGAUUUAUCCCAGGAUCUGAGAGAUAUAAAGAGGCGUGGCAAGCCCUAGAUAAUCGAUUUGGUCAGCCAGACGUG